AUAACGGUUUCCUCGAAAGAAACAGCAGACGACUGCGCUAAGAUGUCUUUUGCUCGUUACUACGCGUUCGCCUGAGCGCUCGAGGCUCGCUCACCGUAGUGCGAUAAGGUCGCUUGCUUGCAAAAUGUGCACAGUAGAAAAGAUCCUCAUCAAGGGCAUUCGCAGCUUCAGCCCCACCAAUGAGUACAUCAUCGAGUUCUACAAGCCCCUCACCAUCAUCGUGGGCUCCAACGGCGCGGGCAAGACGACCAUCAUCGAGGCGCUGCGCAAUGCCACCACCGGCGAAUUGCCGCCCAACACACGGCAGGGGCAGGGCUUCGUGCACGACCCCAAGGUGGCUGGCGAGUCCGAGGUCAAGGCCCAGAUCCGGCUGUCCUUCCAAACAGCCAUGGGGCAGAAGAUCAUAGUCACGCGCUCAUUCCAGCUGACCCAGAAGAAGGCCACCAUGCAGUUCAAGAGCCUGGACGCCUCCAUGAGCUGCACCAACCGGCAGACGGGGCAGCGCGAGACGCUCACCUACCGCUGCGGCGACCUGGACCGCAUGGUGCCCACACUCAUGGGCGUGAACAAGGCCAUUCUGGAGAACGUCAUCUUCGUGCACCAGGAGGAGUCCAACUGGCCGCUGGCAGAGGGCAAGGUGCUCAAGGACAAAUUCGACGACAUAUUCGCAGCCACCAAAUACACCAAGGCGCUGGAGGCCCUCCGCAAGCUGCGCACGGAGAAGAGCCAGUCGCUCAAGGAGCUCAGGCUGGAGCUGGAGACACUGAAGCAGCUCAAGGACAUGGCCGCCCACCACACCGGUGAGCGGGACGCCGCCAAGGCCCGCGUGGCGGACUGCCAGGAGCAGAUCAAGAGGCUGGAGGCGCAGGUCAAGGAGCUGGAGACCUCCCGCGCCGCCUUCGAGUCCAAGCUGGCGGCCAUUGAGGCCGCCGGCCGCGACAUCACCGCCAAGGCGGGACAGCUGGAGGUGGUGCGGGCGCAGAACGCGGAGCGGGCGGCGCGGUUCGAGGCUGAGGGCCGCCAGGACUACGAGGAGCCCACCGAGGAGCUGGUGCGCUUCCUGGACAACGCCGACCGGGCGGCGGCGGACAAGGCGGCGCGGCUGAGGGCGCUGGAGGGAGAGGCCAACAGCGCGCGCAUCGCCAAGGAGGCGGCGGCUGACGCGUACCAGAAGCACCUGGUGCUCCACGGCAAGCUGGCCGGCGAGGCCGCCACACACACCGCCAACAUCGCGGAGCGGGACCGGGCCAUUCGGGAAACAGCCCUGGCGCUGGCGCUGGCGCUGCCGCCAGAGGCGGAGGCGGGCGAGGGCGGCGGCGCGGUGUCAGCUGCGGGUUGUGAGGCGUUCGUGAAGGCGGUGGAGCGGCGUGUGAGGGAGCUGGACAGCCGGGUGCAAGCGCUGAGGGCGGACGCGCGGUCCAACGAGGCGCGCAUGAGCAGUGCGGUGGACGCCUCCAACGCCCAGGUGGCGCGGGCGCAGGAGGGGUUGCGGCUGAAGCGCGGCCAGAUCGACAAGAACCACAACGACAUCGCGGCGGCGGGGGCGCAGAUCGCCUCCAGCCAGUUCACGGCCGCCAGCGCCAGGUCACUCAAGGAGGACGCAGAGGCCGCGGAGGAGGCGUACAGGGCCAAGCAGGCGCUCCAGUCCGCCAGCGACCACCACAGGGCGCUGGAGGAGGCGCGGGCGGCGCUGGAGGUCAGCGGCCGCCGCAUCGGCGAGCUGCGCCAGGAGCGGCAGCGCGCGGCGGCGGCGGCGGAGAGCGGCGCCAAGCUGCGCGUCAAGCGCACCGACCUGGAGUCCAAGCAGGAGCAGCUGGAGCGGCUGCUGACCACGCGGCGCCGCGACCUGGCCCGCGCGCUGGACCUGCCGCCCGCCGACCCGCUGCUGACUCAGCCCGCCGCCGCGCUGUCCGCCGCCGAGCUGGGCCAGCUGCGGCCGCGCAGCGAGGCGGUGCUGGCGCGGCUCAAGGCGGAGGAGGCGGCGCGGCUCAAGACCAGCCAGACGGCGCACUCGGCGGCGCAGACUGCAAAGGCCGCGGCUGCCUCCAAGCUGGCCGAGCUGCAGCGCUGCCGGUCCGACCAGGAGGGCCUGAGGGCGCGGCUGCGGGAGGGCAUGGCGGCGGCACUGGCGGGCGGCGGCGCGGCGGCUGCCGAGGUGGCGGAGGAUGACUUCAACAACCGCAUGGCGACGGCGCAGCAGAGCGAGGACAAGGGGCGCAACAAGCUGGUUGAGAAGCAGGCCAUGAGCCGCGUCAUGGUGCGCUUCCGGGACUCGGUGGCCACACACGCGCUGUGCCCGGUGUGCACGCGCGGCUUCGGGCCCGGCGAGCAGGAGGCCUGCCUCAACAACAUCGACGAGAACCUCAAGAUGCUGCCGCAGCAGAUCGAGCAGCACACCGCCAAGCUGCAGCGGCUGCAGGCGGAGCUGGCCUCGCUGCGGGCGCUGCAGCCCGAGUGGGUGCGCUACAGCGACCUGCGCACGCGGCUGCCGGGGCUGGAGGCGGCGGAGGCGGCGGCGAGGGCGGAGGCGGAGGACCUGGCGGACAAGGCCGAGGCCGCCCAGAUCGACUACGCCGAGGUGCAGGAGCGGGUGCGCGAGGCAGGCCGCCUGCAGCCCGACCUCAUGUGGGCGCUGGACAGACUGGUGGCGGAGGUGGAGGGGCUGCGGAGGGAGGUGGCGGGUCUGGACACGGCGCUGGGCGGCGCCGCGGCGGCGGGCGGCGCGGCGCUGCGCUCCGUGAGCGAGAUCGACCGCGAGCUGGAGGACGUGGAGGCGGAGCGGCAGCGGGGCGAGCUGGCGAGGGACGACGCACAGAAGCGCGUCACCAGGCUGUCUGACGAGGUGCUGACGGCCCAGCGCGCCGCCAUGACCGCCCAGCAGCGGGCCAUGGAGGCGGCCAGUGCGGUGGGGCGCAUGGCGGAGCUGGAGAGGAAGAUCUCCGACCUGGAGUCCGCCAACGCCGCCCUGGAGGCCGAGCUGGUGGCGGCGGCGGCCGGCCUGGCGCCGCUGGAGGCGGAGAGGGACAGGCUGGCGCGGCAGCGGGAGGAGGCGCGGGCGGCGGCGGGGGCGGAGGUGCAGACCGCGGAGGAGCAGCUUCGUGACGCGCAGCUGCACCAGGCCAAGCUGGGCGCCCGGGUGGCCACUGUGGCCGACUACGAGGCGCGCGGCAGGGCGCAGGAGCUGGAGAAGGCGGGUGAGGCUCUGGCUCGGCUCAAGUCGCGGCUGGAGGAGUGCGGCCGGCAGCUGGAGGCGCGGGAGCGGGAGGCGCUGGACAUCCGCCAGGCGCUAGCGCAGGACGAGGCGGACCGGCGCGACAUCCAGGACUGGAUCGAGCACCGCCGCAACAUGGAGACGGAGGCGGAGUUGUCCCGGCAGGUGCAGGAGAUGGAGGCCGAGGUGGCCCGGGUGGGCGACCAGUUUGAGCUGCAGCGGCAGUCGGCUGCUCUGGCGGGUCAGCGGGACGGGCUGCGCAGUCAGGUGGACGUGCUGAGCGGGCACAUGGGCGCGGCCAGUGCGGCGGCGGCCAAGGCACAAGCCGAGCUCAACAACCCCAAGUUCCGCGACAUCCGUCCGCGCUUCCAGCUGCAGCAGGUGACGGCCAAGACCACCGAGCUGGCCAUGGCGGACCUGGACAAGUACUACAAGGCUCUGGAGAAGGCCCUGCUCGUGUUCCACACCAGUAAGAUGGCGGACAUCAACAAGAUCAUCAAGGAGAUGUGGCAGAAGACCUACAGGGGGCAGGACAUUGACUACAUCCAGAUAAAGGCCGACACGGAGGGCGCUGGAGCGCGCUCCUACAACUACCGGGUGGUCAUGUACAGCGGCGCCGCGGAGCUGGAGAUGCGCGGCCGCUGCAGCGCGGGACAGAAGGUGUUGGCCUGCCUGAUCAUCCGGCUGGCGCUGGCCGAGACGUUCUGCCUCAACUGCGGCAUCCUGGCGCUGGAUGAGCCCACCACCAACCUGGACGCAGCCAACAGCGCUAGCCUGGCUGAGGCUCUGGCCGCGCUGAUGAAGAGCCGCAGCGGGCAGGAGAACUUCCAGCUCAUUGUCAUCACACACGACGAACACUUCGCGCAGGCGAUGGGCACUCGCGAGCACGUGGACACGCUGUGGCGCGUGACCAAGGACCCCAACACGCAGCACACCAUGGUCACGCCGGAGAGCCUGCGCGACUGAACGCCUGCGCGGCGGACCGGGGGCAUUGUCGGCGGGGGCACUGUUGGCAGGGGCGGUGUUGGCGGGGGCGAUGUCGGCGGGGGCGGUGUCAGCGGAGGCGAUGAGGGCAAGGGCUCGGGAGCUUCACCGGAUGAUGGGGAGUCGUGCGGACGGGCGCUGCAGCAGUUCGUUGCAAGGACGCGGUUUUUGGUGGCGAGGGGAUUCCUGUUGCUGCGGGUGUGGGGCGUUGGGCCACGAGCCCACAUGGAUGAAUUUCGGGGUGCGGGUAUGUAGCUGACGCUUUGUAGCUGGGGCUUUACGUCCGUGCCAAGUCAGCAGGUGCAGGAGGCGCGGGUGUGUGUGUGUGUGUGUGCUGCGUGAGUGCAGGAGUACAGCGCAGGAUGUGUAUGUGGGUGCCAGGACUGGUGAGGUGGGCUGCUCGCGGCAGAGGUAGCAGAUGUAGGGAGGGGGGGUAAUGGGGCUGCUGCUGCUUUCCAUUGGCUGGCUGCCUGUCCUGAAAUCUUUUCGAGGGCAGCCGGCGCCGGCUUUUCUCGACGGUA